AUGGGAGACUGGUCCAUUCUUGGCCGCUUCCUAACGGAGGUGCAAAAUCAUUCCACAGUCAUUGGCAAGAUUUGGCUUACGAUGCUGCUUAUCUUCCGCAUCUUGCUAGUGACCCUGAUUGGGGAUGCUGUCUACAGUGACGAGCAGUCCAAGUUUAUCUGCAACACCCUGCAGCCUGGAUGCAACAAUGUUUGCUAUGACACUUUCGCCCCUGUCUCACAUCUGCGCUUUUGGGUCUUUCAAAUUGUUCUUGUCUCCACUCCAUCCAUCUUCUACAUUGUCUAUGUGUUGCAAAAAAUCACCAAAGAUGAAAAGAUUGAGAUUGAGAAAGUUCAAGUAGUGCCCAGGUGCCCACCUGCACUUGAAAGGUCCAAACAUUCAGGAGAGAGGGAGGCAGCACUGGAAGCCAGCAGUCCUAAGAACAUCCCUAGCAAUGAAGAGGACUGGAGUUCACAGGAUGGUGAGUGUGAAGAGAGGAGCCAGGUAGAAGAGGAUAUGACAGAGGUAGGGAAGGACCCAACUCAGCUCUCUAGCCAAGUACUACUCAUCUACAUUGUACAUGUGGUGCUGCGCUCCAUCAUGGAGCUAAUCUUCCUAGUAGGACAGUACUACCUUUUUGGUUUUGAAGUUCCUCACCUUUUCCGAUGUGAAACCUACCCCUGUCCAACCCGAACUGACUGCUUUGUGUCUCGUGCCACAGAAAAGACCAUCUUCUUAAAUUUCAUGUUCAGUGUCAGUCUAGGCUGCUUUAUCCUGAACAUUGUGGAGUUACACUACCUUGGCUGGGUCUACAUUUUCCGAGUACUGUGCUUUGCCUGCUCUACAUGCUUUGAGCCGGACAGGGACCGUGUGGAGCGGAUGGCGAUGUAUCCGAAUGACAACCCACUGCUGCUGCAGCUCAAGCACUCUUUGCGUGGCAGAGUUGUCCUGCAGACACCUCCUCCAGUGUCCCGGGAGAAGAGCAGUGGUGUGCCGACACACACCCCUGCCAUCUCCUUUGAGACGGACUCAACACUAGAAUGCACUUCGAAGAGAAACCCAGAUGAGAAGGAACGUACCAAAACUAAACUGUACAAUACGGCAAAAAUGGGCAGAGGAAAAAAGUCAUGGCUGUAA